AGGCGGAGCCGGCCCGAGACCGACCGAGUGUCCCGUGUGUGACCGGCCCAGAGUGAGCCUUCCCCCGGCUCCCGGACCCCCAUCGGACCGCACCCGAGAGACUGCAGCUGCUCCGACAGCGGAGUCGCGCCCAGCGCCGGGAGAUUCUCCUCCAUUUGAGUCAUGGCUCCAUUUCUUCGCCUCUCGUUUAAUUCCUAUGAGGUGGGUUCCAUGGUGAAUUCAGCAGACCCUCUUCCACCGUUCGUUGCUGUAAAGGUGAAGGAAGCCUUGACAACAGAACGUGGGAAGACGCUGGUUCAGAAGAAGCCGACGAUGUAUCCUGACUGGCAAUCUUCCUUUGAUGCUCAUAUUUACGAGGGACGUGUGAUCCAGAUUGUGCUGAUGAAGAGUGCAGAGGAACCCCUGUCUGAGAUCACUGUUGGGGUUUCAGUCCUUGCAGAACGUUGUAAGAAAGGCAGUGGCAAGGCUGAGUUCUGGUUGGACUUGCAGCCACAAGGGAAGGUACUAAUGGCAGUACAGCUGUUCCUGGAGGAUUCAGAUUGUCAUCAGUCUGUGAGGGAGGAGGAUGGGGCAGUGACUCUGAACCGGCGCCGAGGAGCAAUCAAACAGGCAAAAAUCCACUACAUCAAGAACCAUGAGUUCACUGCUACCUUCUUCCGGCAGCCUACCUUCUGCUCGGUGUGUCGGGAUUUUGUCUGGGGCCUGAACAAACAGGGCUACCAGUGUCGACAAUGUAAUGCUGCAAUCCACAAGAAAUGUAUCGAUAAAAUCAUUGGUCGUUGUACAGGCACAGCCACCAACAGCAGGGACACUGUGUUCCAGAAGGAGCGUUUCAACAUUGAUGUUCCACACAGGUUUAAAGUGAAUAACUACAUGAGCCCGACAUUCUGUGAUCACUGUGGGAGCUUGUUAUGGGGGCUGGUCAAACAAGGACUCAAAUGUGAAGAAUGUCUGAUGAAUGUGCACCACAAAUGUCAAUCCAAAGUUGCCAAUCUUUGUGGGAUCAACCAGAAACUCAUGGCUGAGGCACUGAACCAGAUUAGCCUGAAAUCAUCUACUCGGAGAUCUGAUAGUGGUCUGCCCGACAAUUCAAAUAUUGGAAUUUAUCAGCCUUUCAACAACACUGGUGGAGUUGGAACUCCAAACAUGGACAGCACAGACAGCCACCAAUAUGGCAAGUUGUGGGAAGACAGUUCACCGAAACCACCGCAGCGAGGACCCAGCCUUCGUCCCAAUUCCAUGAGGAAACUGACCAUUGAGAACUUCACUCUCCACAAAGUGCUGGGAAAAGGAAGCUUCGGGAAAGUGUUACUCGCAGAGUUGAAGGGAAAGGGUGAGUUCUUUGCUGUGAAAGCACUGAAGAAGGACGUAGUCCUAAUGGAUGAUGAUGUGGAAUGCACGAUGGUGGAGAAACGGGUUCUGGCUCUGGCCUGGGACAACCCAUUCCUCACCCACCUGUACUCAACCUUUCAGACCAAGGAGCAUCUAUUCUUUGUCAUGGAAUAUUUGAAUGGUGGUGACCUGAUGUUCCACAUUCAGGAAAAAGGACGUUUCGAUCUGUACCGUGCGAUGUUUUAUGGAGCUGAGAUAAUCUGCGGAUUGCAAUUCCUGCACUCAAAGGGGAUUAUUUAUCGGGAUCUCAAACUGGACAAUGUGAUGUUAGACAAGGAUGGACAUAUCAAAAUCGCUGACUUUGGGAUGUGCAAGGAGAAUGUGUUUGGAGAGAACAGAGCUACCACUUUCUGUGGAACGCCAGAUUAUAUUGCACCAGAGAUCUUACUGGGCCAGAAGUAUACUUUCUCGGUUGAUUGGUGGUCGUUUGGGGUGCUUCUAUAUGAGAUGCUGAUUGGUCAGUCACCGUUCCAUGGUGAUGAUGAGGAUGAGCUGUUUGAGUCAAUCCGGGUGGACACUCCUCACUAUCCUCGUUGGAUCACAAGGGAAUCCAAGGACAUCCUGGAAAAGCUCUUUGAAAGAGAUCCAACAAAGAGACUUGGCAUUGUAGGAAACAUCAAACUACAUAACUUUUUCAAAACAGUGAACUGGACAGCAUUGGAGAAAAGGGCAAUUGAUCCUCCAUUCAAACCCAAAGUGAAAUCUCCUGGUGACUACAGCAACUUUGACAGAGAGUUUCUGAGUGAGAAGCCACGCCUGUCUCAGGGUGACAAGAAUUUGAUUGACUCCAUGGAUCAGUCUGCGUUCCAUGGAUUUUCCUUCAUUAACCCCAACAUGGAGCAUCUGAUCAAAUAAUUGAGAAACGACGAGCCCUCCAAUCACUCUCCUGCAUUUCAUCUGAUUUGAUUGGACGCCAGGGAUGGGAGUUGGGACUUUGUGUUUUGGUUUUUAUUUAAUCCACCUGUUCCUGUUGUGGCUAUGAGUGAUUCUGAGGUUGCCCAAUCUUUGGGUGUUAGAGUGGCCAUCCCUGGCUCCACCUUCAGCCAGUGGGGUGGGGGUGGUGUCUGGGCAUGGUCUCUGGUUGCCAGGCGACAUGCAGUUGAGUUUAUUGUAAAGCUUUUCUGAGAAUAGUGAAGCAAAGAAUGGUCAUCAGUGUUUUUAAACUCAUCUUCAUAUUAUUAUCUCUGAUUAAAGUGUACAUUACUGUAAAUGUCACCUUCAAAUUAUACUUUCUUUUCAUCAGCUCUGAA